AUCGUUUUGUGGCAUUUAAGUGACAAGAUACGUGGCUGUCGAAAAAAAUACUGAAAACGAAAAACUUAAAACUCAUUUAAUUCGCUAGAAAUUUAGUUAUUUAAUUAAUAUAAUAUAGUCUAAUAUAUUACGAAAAUGCAAAGAAAUCUUGUAGUAACAAUAUUAACGCUUGCCCUGGUGCAAUUGUUGCAAACGGCCCAGGCCUUCAUUGUUAACGUAGAUGCCCACAAUGAGGAAUGCUUUUUCGAGAAAAUUGAGGUCGGAACAAAAUUUAGUGUUACGUUUGAAGUAAUUGAAGGUGGUUUCUUGGAUAUUGAUAUCAAAGUAACUGGCCCUGAUCAGGGUAUCAUGCAUCAAAGUGAAAAAGAGUCAUCGAGCCGUUUGACUUUUGCUGCUGUCACAACUGGUGUAUAUACUGUAUGUUUUGAUAAUCAAAAGAGCAGCAUGACACCCAAAUUGGUAAUGUUUUCGAUUGAUGUGGGUGAGUCACCCCAUCGUGCCCCUGGUGCUCCCGGCGAAGAAGAUAUUGGCCACACAAAAUUAGAGGAUAUGAUACGUGAAUUGUCGGGUACUUUGACCAGUGUUAAACAUGAACAGGAAUAUAUGCAUGUUCGUGACAAAAUCCAUCGUUCUAUUAACGAAAGCACUAACUCCCGCGUUGUUUUAUGGUCUACCUUUGAAGCUUUAGUUUUGGUUUUAAUGACCAUCGGUCAAGUGUAUUAUUUGAAACGUUUCUUUGAAGUUAAACGUGUGGUUUAAGACCUGUCUCUGUCUGUAACUUAUUUAGGAGCUGUCAUGUUAAGUUUUACACAUAAUUCCAUAGCCAUUCUCCUUUCAUUGUGAAAAAUAAAUUUUAAUGUUUUUUCUUUAAAUGUUUAUUUAAGACAAUUGCACAUAUAAACAUUACUCAUCUAUAAAAAAUAUUUUUUAAAGAAAA